AUGUCGGGACAAGCUUCGACUUCUACAAAUGCCCCUCCCACGACAGUACAACCCAGGAGAGGAAAGGCCAAACUCCCAGACAACUAUACAGGCGACCACAUUGAAUCCCAGAAAUUCAUGCUCCAAUGCCUUCUUCUUUUCACAGCAGAAUCUGACCGGUACAAGACUGAUCAGGACAACAUAUCCCUUGUGCUCUCAUGCAUGAGAUAUAGUACAGCAAGAGCUUGGGUAGAGAACUUCCUCCUCAAAUCAGUAGGGGCAGACCCCCCCACUGACCUAGGCACCUGGGCAAACUUUUUAGCAAAGUUCAAACUACAAUUUAGGGAGACAGGCAAGACUGAUAAAGUGCAAAGCGCACUUAUGGCUUUCUCCCAAGGACAAAUGAUGGUUGACAGAUACUCCAACCAAUUCAUCCUUAUUGCCACUGACACCAACAUCUCCAACAAGGAACAAGUCCCUUACUUCCAACGUGAGCUAGACCCACGCGUCAUGGACAAAAUAUAUGACAAGGAAGUGCAACCAAAGGACACCAUUCAGGAUUGGAUUAACACGGUGUUACGCUAG